CUUAAUGUUUGGUUAGGCGUGCGGAAUGAACAUUUACGUGAGGUUAAAAAUUAAUAACACACAUUUCCAUUUAUACAAAGUUUACUUUAAGAAAUCAUAAAAAUACUGACAUGCAUAGAUUCCUUAAACUUCAGGGAACAUAUUUCUAUAAGUAUUCACGCGAGUCAUUCAGUACACUUAACACAAGUGCAAAUUCCUGCUUCUUAUGUAAACUAAACAAUAUAUGUAAAGGUACAUUUAGGUAUAAUUCUUCAAACCCAAACCCAAGCUUAAAAAUUAGGAAACCUAGAAAACGAAACAAAAAGGAGUAUGCUGAGCUGCUAAUAGUUACAGAUAAUUCAUCAUGUCAGCGUAGAGCAAAUGUAAAAAAAUUAACCUUUAGUGAAUUAGAAUUACUAGCAAGCACAAAUUUAAAUUUAAGCGAACUUCACAAACUCAAGGAAAUCUUACAGAAUCCAACAGUAGCCAAUGAAUAUAGUUACAAUAACUUGAACAUUAUUGAUAACCUUCCAUCAACAAGUACAAGCAACAUUGAUUUUGUUAAUAUAAAUUCAGGAGAAAAGAUUGAGAAGACUGUUAAUCUGACUGUUCCUGAACACCUGGUUUCUCAAAAUGUACCAUCUAAAGAUAUACCAACAACAUCACAGGGAGACACAACAUCCACCAAUGAAACAUUCAAUACUUUUUUUCGACAGCCACUACCAGCUGCAGAUAUAAUAGAUAAAAUGAAUGAAAGUGAUACAGCUGAGUGUUCAGCAGAAGAAGAGGAACUCGAAAGCAUAAAGGCUGUUAAUACAUUAUUUCAACCAGAAGUAACAGAUGAGCAGAUAUCAGAAGUAGAGGAAGUAAAAGAUCCUCCAGAUAAACGUUUUGUAAGAAUAGGUAUAGAUCGUAAUCGCAAAAAGGAAAUAGCUACAAAAUCUGUGGCAGCUUACAUAGAAGUAUGUGGACAUUUAAAGAAUCCUCAGCGUGGUUUAACUGCGCUUAAUUUUCAUAGGGUUAAGAGCAGAAAACUCAAUAGUAGAAAUUAUAUACCAAUAAAAAGCAAGAAAGUGUACAAUACUCUCUUGAGAGCUUUCGCACACAAAGGCGAUUUUCAUAAGAUCAAAGAAGUUUUAGAGAUCAUGCAAGAGGAGCACAUUAACUUGAACAUUCAUAGCUAUGUAGCUAUCUUUGAAUGCAUUGCUAGAAAUAAACUUGAAAAUUAUCAGAAAGAGUUAGAGAAGUUUGUGAAACAAGCUUCUGCACAAGGCAUCACCUUUGAUAAUAUAAUGAAUGAAGGAGUAUUUUUAAAUAAUGAGAGAGAGCUGGUUUUAAAAGCGAUAAAUCAUAUUAAUCCAAAGUACAAGCCAAAAUAUAAUAACCCUACGGUUUUGUAUAACAAUAAUUUAGUCAAUCAUUUAAAUAAUUCGGAGCAAGAACAACCAUUUGCUACGACCGAUCAGGAAUGUGAUGGACUUUUUACUCCUUCAGCUCUUAUGGAUCGAAUUGAAAAGCAGAUCCGCAUGGAAAAAGAUGGAUAUGUCACAAUUCGAAGUAUUGUUAGUAAAACUAAAGUAAGUGACGAAGUGGAAAGGCAUCGCAAAUCCUUAGAAGAACACUAUAAAAUGUGGGAAGAAGAAGCACUUAAAGCUUUUAACAGAGACUUAGCAACUCUAACAGCGCAAAGAAGUGCAAUAAAUAUGGAACCUUACAUAAGAUCCAUACCGGCUAAAGAUUGCAUAGCUAUAAUUGUAGAAGAAGCAAAAAAGAUGUCUCAAGGAUCUGAAACCUACAGUCCAACUGUCAGUAUGCUCUACAAAGAACUAGGAAGUAAAGUUUAUGCGAGAUAUAAAAUAAUUUGUAAGCAGAAAAAUGGGGUUUUAGAUAAAGUUACUAAUAUCCAUAAAACUUACUGUAAUAAUUACGCAAAUACUCACAAAUCUCUAGAUAUUUUACCCGAGAAAGAAGUUACAGUGAAUCCCAGACAAAUUUGGCAAUGGAUCGAUCAUAGUUUAAAAAGUAAAGGUGCUACACUUGAGAUGGAUCAUCAGCAAUGGGCACCAGCAGUUUUAACUUUCAUAGGAAAAUUUUUAUAUCACAUUGUUAUGUACGAUAUCAAAGUCGAUGUUAAUGUUUUAAGGAAUACCAAACAUAAAAAUUACUUACCAGCUUUUUAUACAAUAUUUAGAAAUCAAGGAAGAUUGGUUAAAGAAGAAGUGAAACCGCAUCCUGUUUUGUCUAAACUAUAUCGACAAUCUAAUCCAGAAACUUUGACAUUUCCUACCUACGAAGUUCCUAUGGUGUGCCCACCUAUACCUUGGAUAUCUACAGAUAUAGGUGGGUAUUUAGUAUCCCCUUGUGACGUGAUCAGGCUGCCUACUCAGGCGACUAGUCAGAAAGGGAGACUCAAUGAAGUUGGAUCGCAACAACUUUACCCAAGCUUAGAUGCUCUGAAUCAAUUGGCGUCAGUUCCAUGGAAGGUUAAUACCAAAAUUUUAGAUGUGAUAUUAGAAGUAUUUAAUAAUGGUGGAUCGUCAAGCUUAGAUGUUCCUGAACCGACGUCUUCAUUAAUACCACCACCAAUUGCCACUCCUGAAAUGGAUAAGACCGAAAGAUACCAUUUAUUUAAACAAAGAAUGCAAUAUAGACGGAAAAAAGCUGAAAUGUAUUCCUUGUGGUGUGAUUGUUUGUACAGAUUAUCUUUGGCGAAUCAUUUUCGUAAUACAAUUUUUUGGUUACCUCAUAAUAUGGACUUCAGAGGAAGAGUUUAUCCCGUACCGCCACAUUUGAAUCAUUUAGGUUCCGAUCUGGCUCGAUCUAUGCUUAUUUUUGCCGAACCUCGACCUCUCGGACCUCAUGGACUUGAUUGGAUAAAAAUUCAUCUUAUUAAUUUGACUGGAUUGAAGAAGAACGAUUCUGUUAAAGAAAGGUUAAAAUAUGCGAAUGACAUACUACCAGAAAUCCUUGAUUCUGCUGACAAACCAUUAACAGGUCGACGUUGGUGGGCUCAAUCGGAUGAACCGUGGCAGACUCUUUCCUGUUGCAUAGAAAUCGCCGAUAUUGUACGUUCUUCAGAACCCGAAAAGUUUUUAAGUCAUUUUCCAAUUCAUCAAGACGGUAGUUGUAAUGGUUUACAACAUUAUGCUGCUCUCGGAAGGGAUAGUAGUGGAGCUUACAGUGUAAAUUUAGCUCCGUCGGAGAAACCUCAGGAUGUUUAUAGCGCAGUAGUAAAAUUGGUUGAACAGCAGAGGGUUUGUGAUGCCGAAAAUGGGUUAGAGAUUGCCAAAGUUCUAGAAGGUUUUAUUAAAAGAAAGGUCAUUAAGCAGACCAUCAUGACAACAGUAUAUGGCGUCACUCGAUACGGUGCUAGACUUCAAAUUGCUAGACAGUUAAAAGAUAUUGAUAAAUUUCCAAAGGAACAUGUCUGGGCGGCAUCUUCAUACCUUACAGGCAGAACUUUCGAUUCUUUAAGAACGAUGUUUACAUCAACGAGAGAAAUUCAAGACUGGUUCACGGAAUGUGCAAGACUCAUAUCAUCAGUUGGGUCUCAGCACGUCGAAUGGGUUACACCCCUAGGUUUACCUAUUGUACAGCCAUAUUUUAAGUACAGAAAAAUAUCCACGAGCUCAUCCACUAGUUAUGACAAUUAUAUUAUGGACAAAUAUGAAAAACCAAAUGUGAUGAAGCAGAAGAACGCUUUUCCACCUAAUUUUAUCCAUUCAUUGGAUUCUAGUCAUAUGAUGUUAACAUCCCUUCAUUGUGAACGAGCUGGUAUUACUUUUGUCUCCGUUCAUGACUGCUAUUGGACACAUCCGUCAACUGUACAUAUCAUGAAUAAGAUCUGCAGGGAACAAUUUGUUGCGCUUCAUUCCGAACCAAUCUUAGAAGACCUUUCGAAUUUUUUAUGGGAAAAGUUUAGUUACGGACAAAGUGAUUUUACUGAUGACGGAUCUGUGGUUGAUCUUACUAAGAAGAAAUUAAACAGAGUGUUACGACAAUUGCCCAAAACAGGAGAUUUUGACAUUAAUCAAGUAUUAAAAUCUGUUUACUUUUUUAGUUAAUUGUUUAGUUAUUUUGUUAAAUUCUAAUAAAAGUGUAGUACUUUGUUAA